UUAAUUUUUAAAGUUACGUUUAAAUCAAAAUGGCUGACACAUUAAAAGAGUUAGUUAAGAAACGUGGCAGUCUUAAGGCUAAAUUAACUCUCUUUAAUACUUAUAUUAACGUGGCUAAAUCGUGUGAAAGAUUAAGUGAGUUACAAAUAACGGAGUUGCAGUGUCGUUUAGAUAAAAUAGAAUCGGUAUAUCCAGAGUUUGACGCUUUGCAGAUGGAGAUCGAAGCGUUAUCUGAGAAGCCCGAGGAGGCGUACGAGGAGCGGGAGCAGUUUGAAAGCCAGUUUUUUGUGUUGGUCUCGACUGCUCGACUUCUUUUGAGUCCGACGGUGCAGGCGAGCGGCGACCGGGCCGGCUCCGGCUGCGGAGCGCCUUCCACGUCAUGCUGCGCCGGCGCCGGCCGGCAGGACUUCGUUCGUCUGCCCAAGAUCGACCUGCCUCACUUCGAUGGGAACUAUCAGCAUUGGCUCGGAUUUAGAGAUACGUAUAUUUCCCUUAUUCAUAAUAAUCCCUCAAUAAACGACAUUAGCAAAUUUCAUUAUCUUCGUGCAUCUUUAAAAGGCAGUGCCGCCCUUGUUAUUCAAAGUCUUGAUUUUAGCAGUGAUAAUUAUCAUAAAGCAUGGCAAUUAGUGUCGGAGCGGUUUGAUAACCCGCGCCUCUUAAUAAAUAAUCAUAUCCAGGCCCUGUUUAACCUUGAACCUAUGCAACGUGAGUCGAGCUGUUUGUUACGUGGCAUGGUGGACGUGACAAACAAAAACUUGCGUGCGCUCAGUACUUUAGGAGAACCUACCGAUCAUUGGGACACGUUAGUUAUUUAUAUAAUGUCUAAGAAGUUAGAUGCAGUAACUAAGCGUGAAUGGGAAGAGCACAGGAACCUGUUAACAGGUUCGCCGACGUUGCAGCAAUACAUUACAUUUUUAAAUAACAGGGCCGACUUAUUAGAGUCUCUUGGCAGUGAUAACUUUAAUAAAGUUAGUAACAAUUGCGAAAAAACAUCAAAACAUAAAUUGCAGUCGCAUAACGAGCCGCAAAAAUUACAUAGUUAUCUUACAACUACUAAUAAUAAGUCUUAUCGUCAACUCGUUUGCCCUUAUUGCACACAGGAUCAUUUUUUGUUUAAAUGUGAAUCGUUCCGUAAAUUAGAUGUCGACAGCAGGAUAAAUAAAGUCAACAGUUACUCAGUAUGUAAAAACUGUCUUCGGCCGGGACACUUAGAUAAGCAAUGUGUGUUAUCUCAUUGCAAGUACUGCAAACUUAAGCAUAAUACUCUUUUGCAUAAACAUAAUGAAAAAGAGCCUUCUAGUAGUGACGUUCCGAUGCCAGCAGUUCAUUUUAGCGGCAAUAUACAAACAACUGUAUUUGACCCUACUGAGACUUCCGGAUUGCUCUCCACAGCGUUGGUGCACGUGAGUGACGCGAGCGGAGUGCUGCAUGAGGCGCGUCUGCUCCUGGACAACGGCGCCACUCCUAACUUCGUGACACGUGAUCUGUGCGGACGGCUUGGGUUAGCGAAACGCAACGCUGGAGCCUCGAUCACAGUCAAGGCUCUUCACCUGGAACUUGUCACAAGUUUAACGACAGAGUCGUUUCUUGCUGCUCUCCGCCGCUUCAUGAGCCGUCGCGGAAAGCCUCAAACUCUGUAUUGUGACAAUGGCACGUCGUUUGUCGGGGCAGCAAACGAACUUAGUAAUUUCUUAAAACAUAAUCACGAUAAGCUGCAGUCAGGUAUGGCAGACGAGUCAAUUAAUUUUAAAUUUAGCCCGGCUUACUCACCACAUUUCGGGGGCUUAUGGGAGGCCGCAGUUAAAUCUACAAAAUAUCAUCUUAAACGCAUUUUAUCUCUAACUCAUUUAACGUAUGAAGAAUUAAAUUGUUGCCUGAUUCAAAUCGAAGCUAUCUUAAAUUCUAGACCACUCACACCCUUAUCUUCGGAUCCUUCUGAUCUUACUUACCUAUCACCCUCUCAUUUCCUUAUUGGACGUUCUCUUCUAUCAGUACCACAAGAAGAUCUGACUGAAGAAAACAUCACAAGGCUGGAAAGGUUCCAGAGAGUUGAAAAACUUAAGCAGCAUUUCUGGAGCCGCUUUUCUAACGAGUAUGUUACUCUCCUCCAGCAGAAAACGAAGUGGCACACCUCGACGGGUCAGCUGCAAGUCGGGACCAUGGAUUUAUAUAGCGAGGGCAGAUCUCGAGCAAUCCUGGUCCGCUUCACCAAUCUGCAGGCAAGGCAUGCAGUAUGGACCAAGAAAACAGCACUUAAAGGGUCAUCGGUUGUCAUAUCAGAGUUCUUGACCAAACAACGCCAGUCUGUGUUCAUCGAAGCCCGAAAGCACUUUGGCAUGCGACGUGUGUGGACCAGAGAUGGCACUAUUUUUGUCAAGCUGGCCGGCGGGACGAGGGAGCGUCUGUAUUCGACUGAGGAACUCCGAGCCCUGAUUGAAAAACACCCCAGCGACACGCAGCGUGCGGUCCCUACAACAGAGGUGCCUGUGCCGCCUGCAGGCUCUGAGCCUGAGUCGGGGACCAGAGCGCUCACAACUUCCGCUGUCGCUGUCGAGCCCAAGCAGGCGAAGUCUUCAAUCGACAAACGCGGAAAGCAUUCGGACCUUUCGGUACUUCCUUUAUCGCCUACGCAUCAUAAUACUGACACAUCUGACUCUUGGCUUGAUCUUGCCAUCGUUUCCUGCCCUGAACGCGUCAAUACGGUUGGCCAACUCUCUGCUCCUGGUUUUUCACACCACGACCUCAUCUAUCUUAGCUACCGCAUUCGUCCCCCUAAGUUGCAGUGUGUGACGGUUCAACUGCGCAGUUUCGCUAGGCUUGAUAUGGAGGCCCUAAAGCGUGAAGCUCAAGCAGCUGACUGGUCUUCUGUUAUGUCGGCGCCUUCGGUAGACGUGGCUGUUGCAUCUUUAAGCUCGAUGAUUUUAAAGCUUUUCGACAAACAUGCCCCGGUCCGAACGGUCAAACUUAAACGUCCUCCUGCGCCAUGGAUCACCAGAGCUGUGCGCAUUGCGAUGACGCGGCGUGAUCGGGCGUUUCGUAAAUAUAAGCGCGACCGUAGUAAUGAGAAUUGGUGUGCAUUCAAAAUUGCUAGAAACAAGUGCAAUCAGAUGUCUGGAUUUCGCCGUGGUCACAGUACAUCUACCGCGCUGCUCAAGGUGAUUGAAGACGUGAGGGUCGGUAUGGAUUCUUCGCUGCUUACAGUGCUGGUCCUUAUCGACUUCUCUAAUGCGUUCAAUGCGCAUCGCACAGGCUUCAUGUCUAAUUCCUUCACUGUGCAGGCGAUCCGGCUGUGGAAUGAUCUUCCGCUCUCCAUCAGGCAGGCCCAGAGCAAAUUGUCUUUCAAGCGCAUGUUACGCAAGCACCUGUUAGAAAAAGUUCAAUAG